AUGGGCUGUGGGAGCAGGGUGGGCUACCAGGACGUGCUGGCGAAUGAUGGAGCAGCUGGAGAGAAGAGGUCCUCUGCAGACAUGAAUUGGACUGGUUUAGAUGAAGAUGAAGAUGCACACGUUUGGGAAGACAAUUGGGAUGAUGACAAUGUUGAAGAUGAUUUUUCCAAUCAGUUAAGAGCUGAAUUAGAAAAACAUGGAUACAAGAUGGAAACCUCAUAG